AUCAGCUGUGUCCAAUCACAGCUGAUCAAUGUGAUCAGUGUGCCCUGAUGAUCAGAGUAGCCCCAGUAGUGCCACCUGUCAGUGUCCAUCAGUGCCAACUGUCAGUGCUCAUCAAUGCCACCUUCCUGUGCCCAUCAGUCCCAUAUCAGUGCCACAUAUCAGUGCCUACCAGUGCACAUCAAUGCCACUAUCAGUGCCCAUCUGAGCUGCCUUUCAGUGUUACCUAUCAUCAUGCCAGUCAGUGCCACCUAUCAAUGCCAGUCAGUGCUACCUAUCAGUGCCGCCAAUCAGUGCCAAUCAGUGCCGCCAAUCAG